ACUCAUCCGAACACUCUUGGUUUUACGAUACAAUAUUAUCAAAAGAUUAAGAAGUUUAAGGAGUUUGAAAGGGAAAGUCAGCAACGCAUUGUGAAGCCUAGAAUCAAGUAUGCAACUGGGGUUACACUGGGACGAUCUAGAGUUGUUACCUUUUCACAAUUCUUACCAAUACUGUAA